GACACCAACACCUCCAUCACCAUAGCCAGCGUGCCCGCCUACCAGCUGAGCCGCUGCUGCCCCAUUAUAUCACCCAGAACCACCACACUCGGUUCAGACAUCUGCCCGUCUCGCGCGAGGCUAGCCAGUCGCCAUGGCUGCUCGAAAGCUCAUGAACGAGGUCGAGAAGUGCUUCAAGAAGGUCGGUGAGGGCGUACAGGCCUUUGAGAGCAUCUAUGAGAAGAUCCAGCAAACCACAAACCCCUCGCAGAAGGAGAAGCUCGAGGAUGCGCUGAAGAAGGAGAUCAAGAAGCUCCAGCGGUCCCGAGACCAGAUCAAGACAUGGGCCGCCAUGAACGACAUCAAAGACAAGAAGCCGCUGAUGGAACAGCGGAAGCUAAUCGAAACACAAAUGGAGAAGUUCAAGGCCGUGGAAAAGGAGAUGAAAACCAAAGCAUAUUCGAAAGAGGGCCUGCAACUAGCGUCCAAACUCGACCCCAAGGAGAAAGAGAAGCUGGAAGCCGUGGAUUUCUUAUCAAACAUGGUCGAAGAGCUCGAACGGCAGAUCGAAACGAUCGAGGCCGAGACGGAGUCGUUGCAGGUCACAAUGAAGAAGGGAAAGAAGGCGGACACAGUGAAGGCAGACCGGAUAGCGGAGCUCGAGCGGGUGACAGAACGGCAUAAAUGGCAUCAGGGGAAAUUGGAAUUACUCCUGCGAGCGCUGGAAAACGGCGGCGUGGAAACAGAUCAGGUCCGGGAGUUAGACGAGAGCAUCAGAUACUACGUGGAGAACAACCAGGAAGCCGACUUCAUGGAGGACGAUGGCAUCUACGACGACCUGAACCUACAAGAAGAGGAGGGUCUCUACGGCAUGGGCAACGAAGGGGAUCGGGUUUCCUCGCAAGAUGCACAGUCGAUACAGGAUGACUUACCAGAUCAGGAGCGGUCGUCAAGUAUAGGCGGUGGGAAGCCAAAGCCGACGGAACCUCCAACAACGGGCGCCCGAAGGCCAUCUACACAACUCAAGUCACCAUUACCUGCCCUAGCCACUCUACACACACCUUUGCCAAACGUCACAAGUGGAGCUCCUACAGCGAAUAUGAAACCAGCACCUAUACCAACAAGAGCACCCGGGGAACCUUUGAAGUACGCAUCAGCGGCGGCGGCGGCGGCAGCAAGUGACAAGAACGGCGUAGGGAUAGCACCCCUACCUCCUCCACCGGGAAUGCCUCCAGCACAACCAGCGAGCAGCCUAGCUCCAUCUGGCGCCCGAACAAGCGCGACUACCUCACCCGCAUCUACACAUCCCCAGCCCGUGCAGCGAGCAGCUGCUCCCUCUGCAGAGCAAGCACCCGCAGCCCAGACAUCAUCGAAAUCACCUGCGCCGAGCCUUGCAAGUGCUGCUGCUCCAAGCGCAGGAACUGGUACACCAGCGGCGGAGAAGUUAGAAGACUUGUCGAGGGUGACAUCGGCAGAAGAUGCUGUUCGAGCGUCCGCGAGCAGGAAGAUGUCAGGAUUUGAAGAGGACGACUCACAGUCGACAACACCGCCGUUGACGAAUGGAGAAUCGCACGCAGACGAGGAAGAGGAGGAGUCAGUUUACCAUCUGCCCUCCAGCCUACAAGAUCUCCUCUUGUCAUUCGAAGAGAAGAAGAAGGAGAUCAAUUCGUCAUCAAGACCGCAAAAUGACAAUGCGCUGGAAAUAUCUAUGAGGACGGCGCCGGACUCUGUUGACGCAGAAGCACCCCGACACUACAAGCCUGCGAAUCCAUACCCGUUCACCCCUAACCACUAUCCUCAGGAGCCACUACCGAUAUUCGACGACCCGAGGCUAUACACGAGGAUCGAGACCGAUGCUCUGUUCUAUGCUUUCUAUUACCGGCAAGGCACCUACCAGCAAUAUCUUGCUGCUAAGGCGCUCAAGUCUCAAAGUUGGCGAUUCCACAAACAAUACCAGACAUGGUUCCAACGACACGAAGAGCCGAAGUCAAUCACGGAAGACUACGAGCAGGGGACGUACAGGUUCUUCGACUACGAGAGCACAUGGAUGAAUCGGCGGAAGGCAGACUUCCGAUUCGCCUACAAGUUCUUGGAAGACGAGCUAUAGUGGCAUCACGUCACGUGAUCGAUGGUAGGUCUUCGCAGCCUCUGAAGGCCAGCGGAGUGUCAAUCCCUGUAGGAAUUAAGGUAGUUAUCCAAAGAGCUCUAUCAUGAGCUUUAGUUGGUGUUGAUAGCUCCUCCCAAGUGUGACUUUUGUCGCUACUCCGAGUUCAUUCUGAUAUCUGCAGGAUCUACGAGAUUGAAAGCUUGUGCUCAUGAACAGUUCGCAC